AUGGAAGAGGAAAUGGCCGCGCUCGUCAUUGACAAUGGCUCCAGCAUGUGCAAAGCUGGCUUUGCCGGCGACGACCCCCCCCCGGCAGUGUUCCCUUCCAUCGUGGGGCGCCCCCGCCACCAGGGCGUGAUGGUGGGCAUGGGCCAGAAGGACUCAUACGUGGGUGACGAGGCCCAGAGCAAGCUUGGCAUCCUGACCCUGAAGUACCCCAUCGAGGUCGCCAACUGGGACGACAUGGAGAAGAUCUGGCACCAUACCUUCUACCAGGAGCUGCGCGUGGCCCCGAGGAGCACCCAGUGCUGCUGACGGAGGCCCCCCUGAACCCCAAGGCCAACAGAGAGAAGAUGACUCAGAUCAUG